AUGUCGAGUCUCAUAGUCGAGCCGCUUGAUAUUCUGACCAACAAGGAAACGCAUCAGCUAUACGAACAGAAAGGGUUGCGGCCGGAAAGCAACAUACUUCACGUCACUGCAAGAGAAAUGGAGCUUUGCCACAAACAUUGGCCUGAUAAUUUUGAAGCGCUUUAUGACAUCGGAGCGAAAGCCUUCGAGACGUUUCUCUUGGAUCGUGACCAUCUUGCGAAACUAUUCAAAAUAGAUCAAGUAAAAACUGAAUCAUUGAGACAACAUUUCGUACUUGAUCGAUGUGUGCUUCACAUGCUUCAAAUGUUGCAUGAGACCAUUUCCAAGUAUCAUGAGAAGAUGAGUGGAGGGAAAAUUGACGAGGAAUUCUACAAGAAGCUGCAAACAUUUGGGGGACGGUACCGAUCAUUGGCGCCGUUGGUUCCCGUAAACGAGUACUUCCACCUGUUCAAUGUUUGGACUGAGAUGCACAUGGAUUUCAUCACCCUCACAUGCUUCGAGGGACCAGUCUGCAGCGAAGAGAAAAAUAUUAUCAUGGGAACCUGGCAUAAGAUUAUCGAGAGCAUCAAGGUCCACUUUGUCUACGGAUGGCACCACCGGAAAUACACCAUGACUCGCGAGGAGCUCGAGUUCUUCUCCAAGGACAAAGUCACCGAGCCGAGCAGAUCUAGACUUAUCACAAAACUAACGCGACUGAUGAGCAGAGAGAGUUUCAGCGACGCCAGCGUUGAGGACAAGGCGUCACCGACCAGGAAAAUCUCGCAGAGUUCAAGUUCACCGUCAGUUCCAGGACCAUCCAGAUCCCGUGAAACUCCAGCACCCCGUACUAACCAACUACGUGUCAACACCAACUCCCGCGAGGAGGAUAUCAUUCAAUCCCAGCCAAUCGAAAUCUGCGACAUUAGUCUUGAUUUCUUAAAUAGCCCAGCCGACUGUUCCCCAAUCAAUUUGUCCAAUCAUUUUUGA